AUGCCCAAACGAAAAUUGCCGUGGCAAUCAACGCCAGAGAUAGUUGAUCUCACCGGAGAUGACAAUAACUUUGUGAAUCAUUCUCGCUCCAAAGUUCCAAAAAAGACGUCGUCCUCCAGCUCUUCGCAGGGACGUGCCACCCUUCCAACGCCACCGUCUUCAAGUCAGCCUGGAUCUUCCUCACAUCGCCCGAACCAAAGCUACAAAGACUACACGCCGAGUUUCAGCCAACUUAGCCAACAAUCCAACGGCAAUGCCGCACGCAAUAGAUGGCCGGGCUCUACCCAGGAACAGGAGGCAGAUAUUGCCAGAGAGAUUGAUCUCACCGAGGAUUUUGACGACGACGUCUAUGAGAAUUUCCAGCUCUAUGGCAUCCUCAACACGAAAAUCGUCGGCUGUCGAUUCUAUGAUGGCCAGGCCACGGUGGGAGAGUACGUCAGGGUCAAGCGCGAACCUCGCAAUCAGUACGACAGCAAUGCAAUCCGCAUCGACAAUGUCCUGCGUGAUCAAAUUGGCCACAUCGGAAGGAACGUCGCUGCGAAACUGGCACCGUUGAUGGAUUCUGGCUCACUCCUAGUCGAAGGCGCUUUGACAGGCCCCAAAACCUACUACGACUGUCCAAUCGGCCUCAAAUUGUUUGGCACAAGCGAUCCCGUUGCGGGUGCAGCUCUGGCACGUCAGAUGCAGGAUCUGAAUCUGCCAGUCACAGAGUACAACCGGUCGGAAAGAGAACGCAAGAAGCGUUUACAGGAAUUCGAGAAGCAGCAGAAAGCAAGACAAAAGGCCGCCGCCGCAAUGCGGAAGCAAGGCAUGACGGUCUUUGACAAUGAAGGGCCGAACAGAUAUAGCAACCUGACCCCGCCCGCAGGAAUGGGAACACAGACAGAACCAAGCAUGGAUCAACUUCUCAGUGGGACUGCCGUGUUCAACCCCCGUGAUGUACAGAACGUGGUCAACAAGCUUGCAGCAGGAGAAGAGGUGCUUUCGAAGAUGUCGAUGGCAGAUCAACCUAACGAGCUUGCUACAGUGCUACUGCCAUACCAGAGACAAGGCCUCCAAUGGAUGCUGGAUCAUGAAUCUCCCGCGUUGCCCAAGACUGCUGAUGAUGUGGUUCAGAUGUGGAAGAAGACAGGAAAAUGGUACACCAAUAUUGCAACUAACUUCUCCUCCAGCAAAGCCCCGGAUCUUGCCAGUGGAGGGCUUCUUGCAGAUGAUAUGGGCUUGGGCAAGACUAUCCAAAUCAUCUCGCUCGUUAUGGCCGAUCCGCACAAGAAUGGGGCCCCGACUCUUAUCAUCGCGCCACUCUCAGUGAUGAGCAACUGGAGCACGCAGGCCGCGUUGCACGUCAAGAAGAAGUAUGCGCCACGAGUUUUGACCUACCACGGCUCUGGAAACAAAGAAUUGUCGCCAGCACAAUUGAAAGAGUACGAUAUCGUCAUCACAACAUAUCAAACCAUGACCCAAGAGCUCUUCCCAUUCGGCAAGACCGAAGCUCAGCCAACACCAGCAUCGAAAGGCCUGUUCUCGGUGACUUGGCGGCGUAUCGUCUUAGAUGAAGGCCACCAGAUCCGGAACCCCAAGGCCAAAAUGUCACAGGCAGCAUGUACCCUUCGGGCGGAAUCUCGCUGGAUUCUCACCGGAACUCCUAUUGUCAACAGCCUGAAGGACUUGUACUCACAUGUCAAGUUCCUUCGUUUGCCCGGUGGGCUGACAGAGUUUGAGGUCUUCAAUUCGACCCUGAUACGGCCGCUCAAGAAUGGCGACCACGGGGCGCGCCUGCUUCUCCAGGCCCUUAUGUCGACCCUAAGUUUGCGACGAAUGAAAGACAUGAAGUUCAUCGAUCUCAAGCUUCCCAACAUCACUUUCCACAAAUAUCCUGUGAAGUUUCUACCCCAUGAGCAGGAACGCUACGACGCGUUCAAGCAAGAGGCGAAAGGUUUGGUCGAAGCCGCAAAGGCCAAGAAAGGAGAUUAUUCCAUGACGCACCUGCUGGAAGUCCUCCUGAGGCUGCGCCAGACGUGCAAUCACUGGAAGAUGUGCGGAGAUGAGAGAGUGAGAAAUUUGCUGGAGUUGGUUGAGUCGAAUGAGGUCGUAGACGUGACGAAUUCGGCGAAUCGCAAAACUCUACAGGAUUUGUUGCAGAUCCAGAUUGACUCACAGGAGGAUUGCUGCGUCUGUCUGGAUUCUUUGAAAAAUCCUGUCAUCACAGCUUGCGCACACAGCUUUUGCCGGGCAUGCAUCGAGAGGGUGAUCGAUACUCAGCAUAAAUGCCCCAUGUGUCGUGCACCUCUCCAAAACAUCGAGCAACUGGUCGAACCGGCAGCUGGGAUUGGCGAAGGCGACGAGGUAGACCUUGAUAUUGAUCCCGAGACCACCAGCACCAAGAUCGAGGCUCUCGUCAAGGUGCUCAGAGCAUCUGAAGCUGAUCCACACGUCAAGACGGUGGUGUUUUCGCAAUGGACUUCAUUCCUCGACUUGGUCGAGGCUCAACUCGUCCGCCACGGACUGCAGUUCACGCGUCUCGACGGUAAAAUGAAUUCGACGAAACGUGACACGGCCAUUGAAUCACUAAACACCGACCCGUCAUGCAAAAUCAUGUUGGCAUCGCUCUCUGUUUGCUCGGUCGGUUUGAACCUUGUGGCCGCCAAUCAGGUCAUUCUGGCGGACUCGUGGUGGGCGCCGGCCAUUGAAGACCAAGCCGUUGACCGAGUCCACCGCUUAGGUCAAACUCGAGACUGCAAGGUCGUCCGCUUGGUGGUCGAAGGGACGAUCGAGGAUGAAGUGCUUGAGAUUCAGGCGAGAAAACGGAAGUUGGCCAGCGAAGCAUUUGGGGAGAAAGAUGGGGGCAGAAAGAGAGAGGAGAGACGAGCAAGGACAUUGAGGGAUAUCGAGAGAUUGCUGGCCUAG